AUGAAGACACCAAUUUUUAAGUCAAUUCCAACACGGCAGACAUCUUCUUCAAAAACGGCGAAAGGAAAGCAAACAGAUCGGGUUAUUUUUCCUCAGGUUCAUCGCGAAUUUAAAGGAAUUCGUGGUCUAAUGAGAAAAAAAUUCAAAAAGUUGAAGAAAGCAUUUGCUCAAAGUAAGGAGCAGGUUGAAGAUAUUGAAGCUGAUAAAGCAGCAAAUGUUGAUGAGGGAGGGUUAGAGCAAUCUGGACAAUAUUUCAGUCCUGAUGUUGUUCAAUCUUCGGAUAAUAUUUCUGACGGUACAAAGCAACAACAUGCAGAUAAAGAUCCUGAACUCCAGAAUAUGGAUUAUGUUUGUACUGAAAAAUCACCACAACAAUUAAGUUUGGAGGUUGAUCAGGAAUUGGAGGCAAAUUUGCUUGGUAAAAAGACCAGCGAUGAGAAAAUUGAUGAAAUAAUUUUGUCCGAUUCACAAUUCACAAUCCCUGAUGAGAUGUUACCUAGCCUAAAUGUGUAUCAAAUACAAAGUAUCAUCAUACAUCCAUCGGCAAACCAUCAAGAAGAAUAUCAUCAUGAAAUUUUGGAUGCAAAAACUUCUGAGACUAAUAUUGAAGAUCAUGAUCAAAUCAACAGAGAAAUCACUAAUUCAGAGGUAGAACUUGAUACCGAGGAGCAAGUUAGAACACCUCCUAAUACACAAGAAGUAACCAAUGAUGAACAGAGAGAUGAAAAAUUAUGGCCUGAUUCACAAAACAUAAUCCCGGAUGAGUUUCUACCUAGCUUGAAUUUCUACAAUCAUAAAAGCAUCAUCAUUCAUCCAUCCGCUAAUUGUGAAGUAAAAACUCCCAGACCACCAUCAAAAUUCAAGAAAUCGCCAUACACCAAAAAAUUUGGUUCAGCUGAUGGGAGCUCAGCAGGGGUAAUACGCAUAUUCCCCCAUAAACAUCCAUUUUUAUAUCACCCGAUUGAUGGGAUAAAAGAUAGAAAGAUUGUGAAGAACUUCACGGACUGGAUUUCUACAGACCUAUUAAAAGUUACUGCUAAGAGGAAAGGAAAAGUGGAUCAUUAUAAGAGGGGAAAAUCAGAAAUUUCAAAGAUGCAUUUUGGUGUUGAGACUGUGGAAGUCAAAAACUGGUUCUAUACAAUGGGAUUUGCAGAUCAGACAUGGACAGACUCGCAUAUUGAUGUCUUCUUUUACUACUUGAGGAAGAAGUCGAAGUAUGGGCCGCAUAGUUCGUACAAAAAUGAGCCAAACAAAUCAUACAAAUACAGUACAGUUGACUGCAACUUUAUGAAUGUAAUUAGAUCGUUGAAUGAUGUAUAUUCUAUGAAUGCUCAAAAUCUUAAAGAUGGAGGUCAGGAGCACCAUCUUAUGGAAUACAUCAAUGGUUUCCGUAUGCAUGCCGCAGUGCCAUGGCAUACAGUCAAAGACAUUUUUAUUCCGGUCAAUAUAAAGGAAAAACAUCACUGGGUUCUCGCGGUUUUAUCAUUUUCAGAGAGGUGUAUAUUCUUGUAUGAUUCAUAUGAAUCCAGUGGUCAUUAUGCGACUAUUCUUGCUGAGAUCGAGAAAAUAGCAAAGAUUAUUCCAUUGUGUCUCUAA